GGCCCAACCGGGGGCCCCGUACGCCUCUCUCCCCACACCUCUGCCACACCUAGCGAUGUGCUUAUAUAUACACAUCCGAUAAGAUAAACCGUCGGUGGCGUCAGUCCACCCAGAUGAUAGCGCGCGCGCCGCGGCCAUCUUAUUUAUUCGUUAUCGCGAGUGUGGGGCAUCUGUGAGCUUAAUUCCAAGGUAGGUGCACCGAAUACAGGACGCCCUGCGACGAAUGAACCAGUUGCGUGAUUGACGACGGCCUCCUCUGGAACCCGAGUGAGAGAAGCACCUCUUCUGACCGACGGUAGUGCACGGACUUCGAAGACUUCGUCGCCUGACCUGUUUUGUGCAGUGCCUGUUGCCGGCCGUCUAUAGGGUCGAGGGGAGCUAUACAGCAACGGCGGAAACGCCGUCGAUGAGUCGACGUUGUUCCUAGGCGGAAGUGAACGCGACCUGAACUCACACUUCUAACACGACGACAUUGUGUGGAAGAGUAGAUUUUUUGCGCAUUGCAGUGUAGUGGACGAGGAUAGCGCUGGUGGGAACGGCACGCAACGUAGGAGGGGAUUCAUCGGGGCCACGUUCGGCAAAGAAUUAGGUUCCCGGAGGUGCUUGCUCUAUAUAAAUAUCAUAUCGACGGAUUAUGUUUCGAACGGCUGUUGAAGCUAUCUGGCAUGUUGCGUGCGCAAGCUGUAUGUUUGAUCGGCGCUUCUAAGCAAACUCAUGCAACGUGUUCAGCAGCAUUAGGAUGAAUGAAACAUGUCGUGAAAGUACCGUGUCUACCACUGUUUGAUUAACCUCGGUGGCCACGAUCCCGGAGGUCAGAUCCCUUCACGUUUUAAUUGAACAAAAAAUUGACGCGAAGAUGUGCUUCGGCGACACAUUUUUGUGCGGUUCUUCGUGAACACGUUGGCGUAAACGGGGAGUGCCGACAUCUGCGUGUUCUGGAGUGCUGUUCGUCGCUUCAACUGGAAGUGAAUCCCGCUUAGCGAACUUCGCACCAUCCUGCAGUUUUUCGCUUCUCCUCGUUAUACUCUCGUGUGGCCCGUUUGAAUACGUGCCAAAGAAGACAUGCCUCCGUUAAAGUGGUGCGGGCCGGCGGUAUCGUCAAGACAGUGGAUUACGGCGUGGUUAGUGGUGAUAGCCUGCUGCCUCUCGCGUAAUGCAGUGUGCGCCGCUGGGCGCCGCUUUCAAGACCCGGGUUUCUUGGGCGACCGCACUACAAUAGUGGAGCUUUUCGAAUGGGCCUGGCCAGACGUCGCCCAAGAGUGCGUCGAUUUUCUCGGACCGUUCGGCUACGGAGCAGUGCAGGUGUCCCCACCGAGCGAGAACGCCAUGUUGCUCUACACGACCCCUGGCGGCGUGAGCGUGAGGUCCUGGUACGAGCGCUACGAGCCGGUCAGCUACCACAUCGCAUCGCCCAGCGGCGACCUGCAAGAGUUCGCCGAUAUGGUGCGCAAGUGUAACUGAGAGCCACGUAAGAUUAGGGUAUUCGUGGACGUGGUGCUGAACCACAUGACCUCGAACAUCGGCAAGGGCCAUGGUUACGACGGAACCGCGUUCAACUCGGACAUCUUCGCCUACGACGGCGUCCCGUACAGUGCCAGCGACUUCCACUCGCACGCCGACUGCGGCACCGCCAGCGGGAUGGUUGAGGACUACUCCAAUGAAGUACAGGUACGUAACUGCAAGUUCCGUGAUCGCGCAGACCUGAACCAAAGGAUCGAGGGAGUCCGCUCCAGGAUCACUGACUACCUCAAGCAGCUGCUGUCGCUUGGCGUGAGCGGCUUCAGGAUCGAUGGUGCAGACUACAUGAGGCCAGAAGACCUGGAGGUCAUUUACAGCCGACUGAAGGAACCGGCGUGGCAAAGAUGGAGUUCUAUGAGGCUGACUGCCUCAGAUAGCUUGGUGGAGACGCUAUCAGAGAGUGCGUCGGAAACGCUUUCGGAGACUCCCUCAGAGAGUCCUUCCGAAUCACCCUCGGAGACUCCCUCGGACACUCCUUCGAACACUCUCUCAGAAACUCCCUCAAAUACUCCCUCGGAGACUCCGUCCGACACUCCUUCGGAUACCCCCUCUGAUCCACCCUCGGAUACUCCUGCCGUGACCGCAGAAAGGACAACGGUGGACACGCACACUUCCACGAACGUGAGAAAGCGAGACACGACAGUACACCAUGGUGGUGAAACAGUUACCCCUCCACGGCUUGCUUCGCAUUUUGAUGGCCCGUUUAUUUACCACGAGAUGUCGACACUCAACCUGCCCUGGACGAAGGAGUACGAAAGGAUAGGAGCUGUCACGAAUGCCACGUUCUUUAAGACGUACGCCAACGCUCUGAAGGAGGUGCAAGGGCACCAGCUGAAGGCUCUGCGGCCCUUCAUCAUGGAAGCACAAGAUACUAGUGAGGCUGCCCAGGUGAUUUACGUGGACAACCACGAGACGCAGCGCGGCGUAGACGUGGCCGACCCUGUCGGCGACGUGGUUUCGUACCAGGACCGCAAGCGACACGUUCUGGCCACCGUGCUCAUGCUUGCGCAGCCGCGCGGCGUGCCGCGAGUGAUGAGCAGCUACGCGCUCGACAGGAAGUUCGACACCUACGUGCCGCCCAAGGUGCUGGGACCGCCCUUCGACCACUUGUUCAACACCAAGCCAGUGCUCAUGACGGAGAACUUCGAGUGCUACAACGGCUGGAUAUGCGAACACAGGUGGCUGCCCAUUCGCAACAUGGUGCGCUUCCGCAACUCGGUGGCUGCUUCGGCCGCCGUCAACUGGUGGGACGACGAUGAAGACGCCGUGGCGUUCGCGCGCCUCCGCCGCGGUUUCGUGCUCGUCAACAACGGUCGUUCGGUGGUGCGCGGCCUGUUCAACACCACCCUGCCUGCGGGUUACUACUGCGACGUGCUGAGCGGCUCCCGCCACGACGGGCGCACGUGCUCGGGUCACGUGGUGCGCGUGCGCCAGGACGGGUUCGCCGAGCUGAGCGUCGACGUGUCAGCCGAGGUGCCCGCCGUCGCCAUACAUAUACAGGAGAGAGUCUUCCCUGAUUACUUCUAGACGGCGAAGAAGCCCCGGUCAUGAAACCGUCUCUGCGGCAGACAAGCACAGACCGUGAAUGAGAAGAACGGGCUUUGAUCGGCGACCUUGUACUUGGCCUUCUCGGUUCCCGCAUACUAUCGCGUACCUUAGUCGUGAAACACAAACAAAGAAAAAGGACAAAAAAAAAGAAAAGCACGACACAGCUCAGUUUGCUGUGUCCACAUCUCGAGUCUUCGACCCCAAAAUAAACGCACCGUGCCGACACCCAAACA